ACAUGUAUUGGUUGUGAUGAUGAAAGUGGAUGUGAUCCUAUAUUAAAACAAUGUAUUUCUUGUCCAACAGAAAAACCAAUUCAAACAGCUACUAAAUUACAUAAUGGAGAUUAUGUUUUAACAUGUAUUUCAUUUGAAAAUGAAUGUUUAACUAUAUCACCUUAUGUUAACCAAAUUCCAACUGAUUUAUCUACACUUGGAUGUUCUAGUUGUGAUAAUACACUAGAAAAACAAUUUGUAAAUUUAGAUAAUAAUAAAAGAACAACACUUUGUAUUACAAAAUGUACUAAUUCACAAACAUUAGAUAAUUAUCAUUGUAUUGAAUGUAAUACAAUAAAUGGAUGUAUUAGUUGUAGUAAUAGUACAACAUGUAUAGAAUGUUCAGAAGGAUAUCAUUUAAGUCAAACAAAUGAAGGAAAAUGUUAUCCAAAUUGUGAAAUUGAAAAUUGUGAUAAUUGUGGAAUUGAUUUAAAUACAAAUGAAACUAUAUGUUUAUUAUGUACUAAAGAAUCAACAUUAAUUGAUAAAAAAAUAUGUUCAAAAUGUUCUUCUAUAACAACAAAUUGUUCUGAAUGUUAUCAUGAUAAAUAUGGUUGUAAAUUAUGUAAUAAAGGAUAUGUUCAUUCAUCAGAUAUUGGUUGUAUUUUAUCUGAAAUGGCUAUUCCACAUUGUUUAAAUUAUGAAGAACAAACAAUUGGAUGUAUUCAAUGUGAAAAUGAUUAUGUUUUAGUAUCAUCUACUUUAUGUAUUUCAUGUAAAGAUUAUUUUACAAAUUGUUUAGAAUGUAAUUCAACUCAAUGUAAUGUUUGUGAAGAAAUGUGGGUAUUUGAUUCAUUAAAACAAGAUUGUGUUUAUGAUUCAUCUUCAUUAUUAUUUAUCAGUAUAGGAUUAAUAAUAAUGAUUAUACUUUAA